UACAAUACUUGUCACAUGACACAAACACGUAAACAGAAUACUAGCCAAGGCCUACAGUAAAAUAUUUCUUAUUUAUUUUGCUGUCACUGUAAAGCUAGGUAUAGUUCUUCAUAUCUGUAAAUAUACACGUGUGUGGGCGAUGGAUUUUUUUUUAUUUGCCUCAAAUAUCAAACUUUCCGAUAGAUAUCGGGAGGAAGAACAUUCCAAUUAAUAAAAUCGACUUGAGAUGGGAGCAAGCGCCUCGAUAUCUCUCUGUAGCGACUCAUCUGCUGUGAGAAUUCGGAAGCACAAUGCGAAGAUCAGCCCUGAGCCGACUGUUCCAGGCCCUGACACCAGUCCUGUCUUUGGGGUAACCCUUGAGAGGCUGAGGGAAGAUGGACAGCUUGUUAGUGGAGUGCCCCACAUGCUGCGACACAUGGUGGAUUUCCUGGACAGAAAUGGUGUGCAGCAGAGGGGUCUGUUCCGUCUGUCUGGCUCUGUGGUAAGGACCAGGCAGCUGAGGCUGAUGUGGGACAGGGGAGAGAGAAUGGAUCUGGUGGAGGAGGAUGUCUCAAUUGUGGCCUCCCUGCUGAAGCUCUUCUUCAGGGAGCUGCCCAGCCCCAUCAUACCAGAGCCUCAGCGCAAGGACCUGGUUCUCAGCCUCACAGAAUGUAAGAAUGAGGCAGAGUUGAACGCAGCUCUGAAAGAGAAACUCAGCAGCCUACCUGUCGACAACCACAGCAUCCUGUCUUACCUCCUCCACUUCCUGUCAAGGGUGGCCUCUCACAGCCAAUCAAAUCACAUGCCCGUGGAGAACCUGGCCACAGUCUUUGGACCCUGUAUAUUCCAUGUUCCAUCAGGGCCUAGGAUGCUGGAAGAGCAGAGUGUGUGUAAUGCCCUGUUGCUCCACCUCCUGAGACAUCAAUCUGUUGUCUUUAUCUGUCCCCCGGACCUUCCACACCUGCCUCCUAGCCAGGACACCCCAUCACCACCCCCACCCCUCGCAGCCCUGUCCCAUUUUGAGUCCCGGCUGCAGGAGAGACUGGGGGGUCCUCCCAGCACCUCUCGGUCAGAGGAGAGUAACAGUGUGGGAAGGUUUGACGGAGACAGCACCACAUCAGAGACAGGAAGUCUUACUACCAACACACCCAGAAAGGCAUGGACGCCAUCUAACCUGAACAGUCCUGAGACUUUGGACAUUGGCUCGCACCUCACCACCCACACACAGCACCUGAUCCCAGACCUGUUGGAGGAUGUUGUGGAUGGAGAACCUGGCUGUGUUCUCACCUGCUCCACUUAUCCUGGACCAGCUGGGGAGCCCAGCCAACAGGAGGAGGAGAAUCCUGGACCAGCUGGGGAGCCUAGCCAACAGGAGGAGGAGGAUCCUGGACCAGCUGAGGAGCCCAACCAACAGGAGGAGGAGGAUCCUGGACCAGCUGGGGAGCCUAGCCAAAAGGAGGAGGAGGAUCCUGGACCAGCUGGGGAGCCUAGCCAACAGGAGGAGGAGGAUCCUGGACCAGCUGAGGAGCCUAACCAACAGGAGGAGGAGGAUCCUGGACCAGCUGGGGAGCCUAGCCAAAAGGAGGAGGAGGAUCCUGGACCAGCUGAGGAGCCUAGCCAACAGGAGGAGGAGGAUCCUGGACCAGCUGUGGAACUUAGCCAACAGGAGGAGGAGAAUCCUGGACCAGCUGGGGAGCUUAGCCAACAGGAGGAGGAGGAUCUUGGACCAGCUGUGGAACUUAGCCAACAGGAGGAGGAGAAUACUGGACCAGCUGGGGAGCUUAGCCAACAGGAGGAGGAGGAUCUUGGACCAGCUGGGGAGCCUAGCCAACAUGAGGAGGAGAAUCCUGGAUGUCUCAGGGGAAGGACAAGGUCACAACAGGAGGAAGACCCAGCUACCUCCUCCAGCAUAAAGGAGGAAGAGGACGAAGAGAAGGAGAGGGGCACAACCCCUUUAGCCAUCUGUGGACUCAUGGACAGUAAAGAAGACUAUUGCCAGGAUCAUGACCCCUCCAGCUCUCAGCGCGUCAGGUGUGUGACAGUGAGCUGGCAGGCUCAGGACACCCAGAACCAAGACCAGCACAAAAACAGCAUGGCUCGAAUGGCCGAUGGAAUAAACCUGUCUGACUCUGAAAAGAGCCCCUCCCUCAAGCAGCAAGCUCUGGAGGCUGAGCUGUGCCCCUCGCCACCCGGAACCCCUCAGGAGCACCUGGAUCACCCCCCUUGUACUAAGGACCACCAGAACCUAACCCCAUCUCUCCACUCCCUCCCAAAACAGGAACAGGACAUCAUCAGUACCUCACUGACAGAAGCUAGUCCGGUCCAGAGGCCCUCCGUGUCUCUCUCUGAGGGCAGUAGCAGUGAGUGUCUGAUGACCCCUAGUCCCAGUCCUCUCCUUCAGCGUCUUGCAGUGGGUGACUGUCCCGUACCGUCCCCCCGCAGCCACAACCUCAGCUUGGGCCAUCGCUUCAACACGGACCCUGAAAUGGCCCCCUCCCCACCCUGCUCACAACACAUCAGGAUGGCUCACUACACAGUGAGGACUGAACCAGCAGAGGGCGCUAACAAGGCCCCAUCGGUCACGACGCUCAACAGACACAUCCAGAACGUGAGGAAGAGGAUCAGACGCUUCGAGGAGCACUUUGAGCAAGAGAGACAGUACAGGCCAGCACACAAUGAUAGGACUGCCCAUCCUGAGGUGUCUAGACUGAUGCGGGACCUCACCAAGUCUCGAAAGCAGCUCAAAGAGCUGAAGCUGAAACAGUAUGCAGAGGGGCUCAGAGAGCAGCACAAAGAGGGAAACACAGGGACAUGCAGGUCCACAAGUGAACCCAAGGGGCCGAUGGAACACUACCACAACAGUAACAACAAACCCUCACUGGAGGAGACCAUUGAUAGCCUGAUGAAGAGACUGAUGGAGAAACGAGAGGAGGAGGAACUGCCUGAUAACAUCAAGGAAAUGACUCCAGCUCAGAUGGCUGUGGAGAAGGUCACCCUGCAGAAGUGUCUGCUCUACUUUGAGAGCCUGUAUGGGCGACCGAGCACCAGACAGGAGAAGACUCUGAUGAAGCCUCUCUAUGAUCGCUACCGCCAGGUCAAACAGCAGCUCCUGUGUUCACCCACCACCAUCCCUGUCAUCACCACCAUAGAGGAAGAGGAGGGUUCUGAUGAAGAGUGUGUGAAGGACAGCACCUGGCUACCUCAUACAGCGCUGCGUUGUGUGUCUUCAGAUGAGUCACUGCGUCUGCCGCAUAGUGAAGUGCCCAAUAUGCCCCUGGUGUCACCUCUGGAGGAGAUCAAAGGUCUUCAGCCGCCCAGUGUCACCACGGCAACACUGCACGAGGCAUCAAGGUCAGAGUUACUGGAGCAGCUGAGGGUGACGCGAGCUGAGAAGAAGAGACUCCGUUCAGCUCUCCGAGCCUUUGAGGACCACUUCUACACACAGACCGGCCGGGCUGCCCAGAAAGAGGACCAUGGGCCCAUGGCAGAGGAGUACUGCGAGUACAAGAACUUAAAAGCUAAACUCCGUUUGCUGGAAGUCCUGCUCAGUAAACGGGAUACUCCGAAGACUGUUUGAGCCUCCUUCACAGUGGGACUUAUUUUGAAACAGUUUUUUUUGGCUCACUUUAUUGGAUAAUUUUUUUUCCA